GUCAAAUGAUCUUAUUGGGCAGUAUCCCCAAUCCUUAACGGACUCCAAACAAGACAGUAAACCUCUCGUCCCUGGUAUCUGUUCGACUUGUCCUUUUAACCACAGGUAGUCCGUUAUUUCAUGUAUGAAAUCUGCAUAAACAUGUAUUUCCGGUAACUCAGAUUCAGAACUAGCACAGCUUUGUAAAGUCAUCAACCUGCGACUACUCCUACAUCACUCUCACCAUGAAGAUUGCAGAAAUAUUUCCCAUACUCUCCAUCACAAUCUGGCUCGUGGCGUCCUUGCAUUUCUCAGUUGCUGAGGAUGUUCAAUCUACUCAUUCUUACGGCCAGUCCUCUUCCCCGACCUCGUUCCCACCCGGCCAUCUGAAGCCUUUGGCUUCCGAGUCUACCCGACUCCCCGUCUCGGUCAUCGAGGAGUUCCCCUCCCCGUUCGAGUUCUUUCGCGACUAUGUCUACCCUUCAGUUCCUGUACUAGUCAGGCAGGGAGCGCGGCGUUCGCCGGCCUUCCGGAAAUGGACCGACGAGUACCUGAAGAGCUUGCCCGAGUCUCAGGAACUGAUCCGUGUGGAGAUGCGGAAGGUGGAGGAAAGACAACUACCGAGAAUGGAGAUGCCCUUGGCUGAAUUCCUCGACAGAUAUCAAACCCACGAUGAAUACCUUGUAGCAAAAGUUCCAGAUUACUUAAAGAAGGAUGUGUUACUCCCGCCAUCGUUGCAAUGUGCUUACAUCACUGCCAAUAUGCUGGAGACGAUGCUGUGGAUUAGUAGCGGCGGGACCAAGUCUCACUUGCACACCGAUUACGUCGACAUCAUCAACUGUGUGUUUAGAGGACAGAAAGACUUCCUGCUUGUCAAUUACACCAGGUACAGAGACCAGAUUCUGUACGACCAUCCGGAGGGCUUCUACUCGAGCGUAGACGUCGAACGAGUCGACUUGAACAAAUUCCCUGGGCUUCGAAAUCUGGAGUUCUUGGAGGCUAAAGUGGAAGCAGGAGACUGUCUCUAUCUCCCCUUCAAAUGGAUUCAUCAGGUGAAUUCGUAUGGAAGUAACGUCGCCGUCAACAUGUGGUGGAAUCACCAGGCCUACGUUGUACCAACCCCGGAGUCCUGCGGAAGGCCCGACCCAGGGCUCUCGCUGGCUGAUGUUCGCUUCUAUUUCCACGAACAGCCAGACGCUUACAAAGAGGGCGAUCUCCAUCCGGAACUGGCUUUCGUUCAGUACCCAUCCGCAAGUUUGACGGCAUUUAUGGUCGAAGAAGAGAUGGAGUCAUUGACAGAGCGGCAAUUUCUUGAAUUCAUGGACAUGAUACUGCCCGGGUUGGACCACAGUAACAUCUGGACUGAAGAGGCUUUGAAUCUUACACAUCAGAUAUUCAAGAUUCUUGAUAUCGAUGGCAAUGGGGAGAUAACAUUACAGGACGCGGAGGAGUUUCCCAGGGAUGUCAACGAGCUUAACCUCUUUUUCAUCAACCUCGGACAGAAGAUGAUGGUCUUGUGCGACAUCGUUGACGGUCAGAUUUCAAAGCAAAAAGAGGAGACUUUGAAGAGGUUACAGAGAGACAAAGUCCAAGAUGCUGACAAGCCAUUUCGUGAACCUAGCAGCAAGAUCAGACAGAUGAACGAUCGAAUUUCUGUGCCUAAACAGGAAUUGUAAUGAUCAGUUUUUCAAAACAAAAAUGAAAUUUUGAGAAAAUGUUUAACGAUAUAAUUUCCUUCUAACGGAUACUCUUUCUAUGGAUUGACUUUGAAAGGAAAUUACUUUAAAACAUAAGUUCAUAUACGAUAAUGGAAAUAAUAGUUGUUCAUUGUUUUGAGGCUAUAAACAUGGCUACAAGAGCUGUUUUUCUUUCCGUUCAUGUUCUACACUUUACUUGCCCUUCUUUUCAAGCUCUAUAGAAUAUUUCUGUAGCCUUAACGUACAAAUAUACGGUAUCACAGAUGAAACUUUCUUUUCAUCGUAAGGCAAUAUAUCUUAUUCUCACAACAAUCGUUUUGCUGGCUUAUUCAAUUAUCAUGUUAAUGUUUACAUUAUGAAUAUUUGUAUAAGGACAGCGUUUCCCGUCUUUUUAAACACUUUCAGUUUUGAUAAUAUGCAGCGCUGACAAUUUAUAGUACUCCUACCUAUUCGACAGUCAGAUCACGGCAUGUUGCAAUUAUACCCAGGAAUGGUUCCACACAGCGGAAAGUGUGUUGAGAGAUGGCGCUAUUCACGGUAAUAGAUCGCGGCUCUUCCUUUUCAUUUGAUUGGACAAAAGUUGCGUGGGGCAGGGGUGAGCGCACUGUUGUCUUUGCUGAGAGCCGAACUCAGAGCAAAAACAAAUUAAAAUUGAGGAUCCGGGUUUGGCUAAAGAUGCGAAGUCUAAGCGUUUAGUUUUCUUUUCAUGACAACCACAAACGUUGUCUUGUUCCAUCUUCCAGCCUAUUCUGAAUUAACAGAGAUUUGUCGGAAUACAGUUUGCAGUGAAUUUGCUCAGGAAAAGUUAUACCGGUAUUGUACUAACAACACGAAGUACCAGCCUUUCCCACAUCCCUAACUAGUACUGUAAUUUUUAUAUGUAAGUGGCCUUCAUAGUUCUCGUUUAGAUCUGAAAUUCCAAUUCACUCCAAGAACUCUUUCGUGAGUUUGCUUUUAGUAGGAAGGGAAACUGUACGACAAGAAAAGAAGAAUCCCGGAAACUUAGCAACUAGUUUGUGAAGGUUUUUAAUAAUUGUGAGCACGACCGCACUCAAAAACCCUCACUCAGGGACACCCCAAGCCAACUCCGCGGCCCAGAGCUAGAGGUGGCCCUGUCCCUGAAUAUUGUCUGAAUUUCUCGCGCCCAAACCUGUGUGAUUUGCUCGUGCAGUCUCGGGUAAACACGACACCUGAGGGGAAAACGCAGACCAUGUUGUUUUACUUGCCGCUGGCCAGUCAAGCACAAUGUUUGAAACGUUAAUCAAAAGUGGUUUACCUCGUCUUUGUACAAGAAGGAGGAAGUGUGUGUGUUCUAAUGACACUUGGUACCGCUGGUACAUACUAAAUCACAACAUUUGUUGAGAGAAUUAAAGUUAUGACGUCUGUGCUUACUUUUAUUUGAUUUCUUGUGCCAAUAAAGAAGUGAUCAACAAAUUCCUUGAAAACACACCUUUAUGUACCAUUUAACCCAAUUUUCAAUUACGAGUUUUCAUCGUGAGGGUAUUUUAAGGCAAUUCGUUUUUAAUUGUUGGCAAUUCUUCAUGAGCUGAAAAGUAUAAUCCUGACAAAAAGGGGUUAAUUACAGCUAUUACAAUGGAUGGCUUGGGAAUUAUCUCUGUGAUCUUCGUUGUGAGAGUCACGGAGUGGCUAGGUUGGUGUUUUUAUAAAGCUGUGCGGAUUCUAAAUCGGAAUCACCAGAAAUAUAUAUAUUCCAUGCAUGAAAUGGGGGAUUGCUGGUAGUUGAACGAUUAAAAAAAACAACUCAGCAGUACCCGGAAUUGCAGGGAAAAAAGCUCCGUAACAAACAGGUGCUGGGACCGAGAGAUUUCUGUACUUCAAUACCGUUGAAGAUUGGCCAUUUCGCCCAGACAAGAUUGCCCGAGAGGACCCACCGCUCUGGAGUUCCCCAUUCCUUGGCUGAUUACAACAUUCAUGACGUCAUGCUUCCGUUUUCGGUCACCGCUUUUCAUCACGGUUCAUGUCGAGAGGUCGAUCACCAUUGCAAGUUCAUUCCUGAUUGGUGCAUCAUCACCCUCAACCAACUCUGAAUUACGCCCCCAAAUGGUUUGCUUUAUAGGGCCAUGCGUGAGUGGGCGGAGUCAGACCACUUGGUGAUUAUGUUAAAAACGGAGCACAGGGCAAGUUCACUUCACAACCAGACUUCAAGAUGGCAGCGAAGACAAGUGUUCGUGCUUCCGUCAUCCUGUUUUGGAUGCUACUGUCUCUCCCAGCAUCGGAUGCGUGCCGUGGGGGUCGUGGAGGCGGCACUUCAUGCAGGCGACCGCCAACCUUAGUGCGUGGAACUUGCCCCUGGACUAUAACAGUGUAUGCAGGCCCUCUGUCAUCGAGUGCGAAUGCUCGAUGGUCUGAACCGAGAGCAAGAACUGAAGACACCCAUUGUGGUCCCGUUAGAGUUCUGAGAGAGGAUGGCGGCCCAAUCAAUGGUGGCUACUUCGAUGCUAGUCAAUCACCUUACUACAUCAGAUACUCAGCCACA